AUGAAAAGACCAUAUGAAUGUAACCACCAAGAAUGUGAUAAGAAAUUCACAACCAGAUUCUCAUUAAGAAGACACAUCGCUACUCAUUAACCAGCAAAGCAAUUCGUUUGUGUCAUCUGCUUCAAAAAGUUCGCUCUAGCAUAAUACUUAAAGGAACACACAUACAUCCACACUGGAUAAAAGCCUUUCAAAUGCCCAUAUGACGGAUGCACCAAGGCUUUCAGACAAGCUGGAAAGCUUUCAAUGCACAAGAAAUUCCACUAGAACAAGAUCUUCAUCGUUUAAAAAAUCAAGAAGAGACCAGUAGUUGCAACUAACUCAUUCAAAAAGACUCUCAAAUGUGAAAACUCCUGCAGCCUAGAUUCUACUCAUGAAAUGAAGGUUGAGAUCCCUCUCUUCAAGAAAUUCAUUCAAAGCUCUGAGGGCUCACUCUCUACUAAUGAGGACCUUAUCAAUAGUUCAGCUAGUCAUUCACCAAGAUCAAUGACAACUGAUUUCUAGCAAGAAAACUUAACAUUCUAAAAUAUUCUAAAAUAACAAUAAAUUCAACUACAAGAAGAAGAGCAAGUCCUACGUUUCAUUGAUAACCUACAGUACCCAUCAAUGGUUAUGACCAGAAUGAUGCCAGUACCAGGUUCCUUCAACUAAUCCUCCUUUGCUUAUCCUUAGAAAAUUGAGCAAUAAGGGAUUUCCAAUAACUAAUUAUUCUUACAAUAGAGACUUCCUCAAGCCUUUUGA